AUCCUCAAAGUGCGUACUUUUGAUUCCUUCCUCUACUACUUUUCUUUGAACUUACAGAUUUCCCAUUUCACUCAGAGUAGGAUAUCACUUUCCAACCUAAAAGAACGCAAUCCCCUGAGGCACUAGUGCCAUCUAACACUCAAGCUAAAAGCUAUGAACCAUAAUUAUGAACACUCCCUCAUGCAGCUGUGAUCCCAUCCUCACUAUCCCACCAUGACCCAGCAUGCAGUCCCUUCCCCUGCUUCUGAUCAUCCUCUGCCAGGCAGGCCUUCCCCUCACAGCCUGGCAGGGCCAUUGCAAGGUGAUGUGCUGCUGGGUGUAGGCAUUGUUCAAAGGGCAGAGGCGAAGUGGGCCAUGUCCUGGGACAUGAGGUUGCUGUCCCCUCCUCCUCAAAGAAGGGGAAUAUGCCCACCUUAAACAGGUGGAGCACACAGCUUGGGAAGAGUCAUUCUUGCUCUGCCAGCUCAGCCCUUCAGAGGGAUGGGGAGGGGGUGCCUAAAGGGUCCUUUCUCACCAGCCCAACCCUUGCUCGCCUUUUCCCUCACAGGGACUCACUCCCUUUGCUAUGACUUCACCAUCAAUUCUAAGGCAGCACCUGGACAGCAAUGGUGUACAGUCCAAGGCCAGGUGGACCACAAGAAUUUUCUCUCCUCUGACUGUGGCCUGGACAAGGUCAAAUUCUUGAGUGCCCUGGGAGGGAAAGUGAAUGCCACAAUCACCUGGGAACAGCAAAACACCAUGCUGAGAGAAAUGGGGGAUACGCUAAAACAGCAACUGGCUGACACUAAAGCAGAAAAUGGCAUGGCCAGGGGUCUGCACACCCUGGAGGGCAGGAUGUGUUGUCUGCAUAAAUCCAACAGCUCCUGGCAGUUUGGCUUCAAUGGACAGAUGUGGCUCCACUUUGACUCAGACAACACAAGGUGGAGAGAGAUGCAUUCUGGGUCCAACUGGAUGAAAGAAAAGUGGGAAAAUGACAGGGAACUGUCCGAAUUCUUACACAAGACCUCAAUGGGUGACUGUAGAACCUGGCUUGAGAACUUCUUGGUGGAAUGGAAAACAGAGCUGGAGCCAACAGGACCUUCAAGUGCCAUCAUAGACAGAGACUCCCAGGAGUCCGCAGCCAGCACGCUGAUUCCCUCAGCCCUGCUCUGGAUCCUCCCCUGCUUCAUCCACCUAGGCCUCCAGAUCUUCCUGACAGGUGCUGUGGGCAGAAUGGACAGAGACAUGGGGCAGCUGUGUCGUGAGCCCAUACCCUACUUCUGCAAGAGGUGGACUGUUCUAGUUGCUGCUUUCACUUUCCCAACCAUCACAGCAGCCACCCGCAUCUUUCCUUUGCCACCCAUUGACCCCUACCACCCCAAGAUCUGA